CCUGAGUCAGGAUUGGCCACGCCCCCUAAGAAGCCGUGGCCUCCUAUUGGUGGAGACAGGAGGGACCCCCUGUGGAAGGUGCGGCGCAGUCAGAAGCUGGACAUGUCGGCCCGUCUGGAGCUGCAGUCGGCUCUGGACGCAGAGAUCAGAGCCAAACAGCUGCUGCAGGACGAGCUGAGGAGGAUGAAGGCUUCUAACAUCAGCCUGGAGAGUAAGCUGAAGGAGUCGGAGGAGAGUCGUAAGGAGAUGGGCGAGCAGGUGGAGGGUCUGAAGAAGGAGAUGGAGGAGAGUCGCUCCCACCCUGACAGAGGUCUGAAGCUUCCAGAUUUCCAGGACUCCAUCUUUGAAUAUUUCAACACGUCUCCUCUUGCUCCAGACCUCACCUUCAGAACCGCUGACCUGGACUCCACCCCGCAGAAAUCAGAGACCACGCCCCCCUCGCCCUCCACCACCUCUGAACACGAGGAAGUCAAAGCAGCGUCAGUCCCAACAAGCCCUUCCCCCCCUUACCAGAGCUCCGCCCUCAGCACACCAAAGCCCAAAGCUCAUCAGCUGAGCAUCAAGACAUUCUCCAGCCCGACCCAGUGCACCCACUGCACCUCCCUGAUGGUCGGCCUCAUGCGCCAGGGAUACGCCUGUGAAGUGUGUUCCUUUAUCUGCCAUGUGUCCUGCAAAGACCACGCCCCCCUGGUCUGUCCAAUCCCGGCCGAGCAUGCCAAGAGGCCGCAGGGCAUCGAUGUCCAGAGAGGCAUCGGCACCGCCUACAAGGGCUACGUCAGGAUCCCAAAGCCGAGUGGCGUGAAGAAGGGCUGGCAGCGAGCGUACGCCGUGGUCUCUGAUUGUAAACUGUUCCUCUACGAUGUACUGGAGGGAAAGUCCACCCAGCCAGGUGUGGUGGCCAGUCUGGUCCUGGAUCUCAGAGACGAGGAGUUCUCCGUUAGCUCUGUGUUGGCGUCUGAUGUCAUCCACGCCACCAGGAAGGACGUCCCCUGCAUCUUCAGGGUGACGUCUGCUCAGCUGGUCUCUCAGCUGUCCGCCGUGUCUCUGCUGGUGCUGGCGGAAAGCGAGGAGGAGAAGAGGAAGUGGGUCAGGAUCCUGGAGGGUCUGCAGAACAUCCUGACCAAGAACCUGCUCAGGAACCGACAGGUGCACGUCCUGAACGAGGCCUACGACGCCUCGCUGCCCAUCAUCAAGACCACACUGUCCGCCGCCGUGCUCGAUCGAGAGAGGAUCGUUCUGGGAACAGAAGACGGACUGUUUGUGGUGGAGGUCACCAGAGAUGUGAUCGUGAGAGCAGCAGACAGUAAGAAGGUUUAUCAGAUCGACUUGAUCCCGAAGGAGAAGAUCAUCGCUCUGCUCUGUGGCAGGAACCGCCACGUUCACCUCCACGCCUGGGGGGCGCUGGAGGGAGCAGAGUCCUCCUUUGACAUCAAACUGACAGAGACCAAAGGCUGCCAGGCUCUAACCACGGGGGUGCUCCGGCCUGGAGGCCCCGCCUGCCUGCUGGCCUCCGUCAAACGUCAGGUUCAGUGUUACGAGAUCACGCGAGUGAAGCCCCACUAUAAGAAGCUGUGGGAGGUGCAGGCUCCAGGUGUGGUGCAGUGGUUGGGUAUGGUGAGGGAGCGGCUCUGUGUCGGUUAUCCUUCGGGCUUCGCUCUGCUCGCCCUGCAGGGGGAGUCUUCCCCCGUCAGCCUGGUGAGUCCGGGGGACCCAUCCCUGGCCUUCCUGUCCCAGCAGCCUCUUGACGCCCUGCACGCCCUCGAGGUGGGAUCGACUGAGCUGCUGCUCUGCUUUAGCCAACUCGGCAUCUAUGUGGACGGACAGGGACGCCGCUCCAGAACGCACGAGCUGAUGUGGCCGGCCACGCCCCUCGCAUGCAGCUCUAACUCCUCCCACCUGACGGUCUACAGCGAGUAUGGAGUCGAUGUCUUCGACAUUCACACCACAGAGUGGGUCCAAACCAUCUCCCUCCGCAAGAUCAGACCUCUGAACGUUGAGGGGACGUUAAACCUGCUGAGUUCAGAACCUCCUCGUCUGAUUUACUUCAGCAACAGCUCAUCAGAGGGAGACCUCACCAUCCCUGACACGUCAGACCACAGCAGGAAGUUGAUGGUUCGAACUCGCAGCAAACGGAAGUUCCUCUUUAAGGUUCCUGAGGAGGAGCGGAUUCAGCAGAGGAGAGAGAUGCUGAGGGAUCCGGAGCUGAGGUCUAAGAUGAUCUCUAAUCCUACAAACUUUAACCACGUGGCCCACAUGGGACCAGGAGACGGCAUGCAGGUCCUCAUGGACCUCCCUCUGAGUGUGAUGCAUUCCUCCCAGGAGGACUCCAUCAAAGACAAGCCCCGCCCACUGUCCAGUAUCUCCCGGCAACAGAGAAGCAAGUCACACAUCACUCGAACAGCCUCAGAUUUUGGAGGAGGAGCUUCUUCUCGCAGUAUUUCUGAUCCAGACCAGGACCUGGACCGAGAGCCGGACUCGGACUCGACCAAACACUCAACCCCCUCCAACAGUUCUAACCCCAGCAGCCCCCCCAGUCCAAACUCCCCCCAUCGCAGUCAACUCACCCUCGACGGUCUGGAAAUGGACCCCUGAUGCCCCACCCCCAUUUAAGAGGCUCCGCCCUGUAUACAGCUAAGCAAGGAGGAGGGGCUUAAAUAACCAAUCAGGCUGCAGACUGAGAGUUUAGAUUUUACUUGAUAAUUUUAUUGUUGCGGGUGAGUUUGUGCUUCCUGCUGCUUUUAUAUUUGUUGGAUUUUACCUGCUGGGAAGCCACGCCCCCUGGUUUAAACCCCACCCCUGCUGAUGGCUGCUGUGUGUUUGACUUAAGUCUGAUUGGCUAAGGGACCAAUCAACUCCUCCUUCUUUUUAACUGACUCUGUUAAGCUUUAGCGUGCUGUUAGCUGCUAAGCUAACUGUGGCUACCUUCCUGACAGACAGGAGGUCUCACUCUGAUGGAAAAACACUGUAUGAAUUAUUUUAAAGUUUUCUUAAAGUUGCACAUCAUCAUCAUCAUCGUUGUUGUUGUUGUUGUUGUAGGAGAAAAAAAAUCUUUGAUUUUGUGUCAGUGAUGAUAUUUCCUGUUUUAUCCCAUGACCCUGCCCAGGUGAGGGGGGGGGGGGGGUGGGGUGCACACCUGAACACUACUGCUUUGUUUCUUCCAGAAUCACCAGUUAAAGAAUCUUUGUAAUUAUGAAAUAUGUUAGCAGCUGAACAGAAAUCAAUAAAAGACUCUGAAGAGAA